UUACUUCUUCACUUGUGGCCAAAGUGUUAAGUCUUCUGUUCGGAGCGAGGAUACGCAUGGACUCUGACUUUGCUUGCUAGGUUCGAAGCAGCAGUACCGAAUGUGGAUGUAGCUAUACAUUGGUGUUUGCAGAUCGGUCGAAAUGGUCCUGCUUCUCGCCUUUUUUGUUUUUCUUGACACUUUUGGUUGCGGACUGUCUGGGCGUCCUUCUCAAGCGCGACUGCAAUUGAAAUAUGCCGACCUUAUUCAGAGCGGGAGGAUCAUUCCUCUUAUUCUUAAUGCAGGAGAUUUGCACUCAAUAAUUCUUGAUGAAGAUGGGAAGCGACUUUAUGCAGCAACGAAAGAUUACCUAAUUUCUACAAACCUACACAGAAUCAACACUACUUUAAAAAAGCUACACUGGCCUGCUAACCAUGACCGCAUAGAAGAGUGCAAAAUGGCUGGGAAGGACCCUGAGUUGGAUUGUGCAAACUUUCUCCGUGUUGUGCAUUUCUACAAUCAUACUCAUCUCUAUUUGUGUGGAACUGGUGCAUUCCAUCCAAGGUGCGCCUUUAUCAACACUGAAAUCUUCAACAGGGAUGAGAUUCUGAAGGUUGAACAUACCGAAUGUGGCAAAGGAAAGUGCCCAUAUGAUCCUAGGCAGCAGAUAGCCACAGCAAUGAUCGAUGGAGAACUGUAUGCUGGAAUUUCAUCUGAUUUCAUGAGCAGAGAUACAGCAUUUUUCCGCAGUCUAGGCAGUCGUCAUGUUAUCAGGACAGAACAGUAUGAUUCAAAAUGGUUUCAAGAUCCUAAAUUUAUAAAGGUUCAGGCCAUCACACAGAGUGAGAAUGAGGAAGAUGAUAAAGUGUAUCUGUUUUUCACUGAAAGGGCCCAAGAAGUAGAUGGCAGUGGAGGAAAGGUGAUAUACUCCCGUGUGGCACGAGUGUGCAAGAAUGACAUUGGUGGACAGCGCAGUUUGGUGAAUAAGUGGAGUACCUUUCUGAAGGCACGGCUCAUCUGCUCCAUACAUGGCUCAGAUGGCAUUGAAACACACUUUGAUGAACUGCAGGACAUCUUUGUGUUGAACGGGAAGGAGAAGAAGAGCCCCCUCAUCUAUGGCAUUUUUACAGCGUCCAGUAAUAUUCUCAACGCUUCUGCUGUCUGUGUAUAUAGAAUGGAAGACAUUGUCACAGCAUUCAAAGGGCACUUUGCUCACAAGGAAGGUCCUGAUUAUAAAUGGUUACCUUACACAGGAAAGAUCCCAUUUCCUCGACCAGGAACAUGUCCCAGUCGUACAUACGGAAACUUUCGCUCCACCCAUGAAUAUCCUGAUGACGUAAUUUUCUUCAGUCGCACUCACCCCUUAAUGUUUGAUCAGAUUUAUCCCAUCAACUAUCGGCCAGUGUUGUUUCGUGUUGGGGUAGACUACAAAUUCACUCGUCUGGUUGUUGACAAAGUGGAGGCAGUCGAUGGUCAUCACAAUGUCAUGUUUAUUGGAACAGAUACUGGAAAAUUGCUGAAAUCAAUAACCCUGGAAAAAUCCAACCAAGAUAUAGAAGAAAUAAUUCUUGAAGAACUCGAGUUGUUCCCGGAUAAGUCCAAAGUUACCGCUAUGGCUUUGUCACGGAAAAGGCACUGGUUGUAUGUUGGAUCAAAACAUGGCCUUGCCCAAGUGAGCCCACACCAGUGUGAGCUGUAUGGCAAGGCAUGUGCUGAGUGCUGCUUAGCCAGAGACCCCUACUGCACUUGGAAUGGAACAUCCUGCAGCCACUAUAUCCCAGUAGCACGAAGACGCAAUGCACGCCAGGUGACACAUAAUGAAGACCCCCUUGCACAAUGCCCUAGUCAGGAACCUGCCAGACCCGGGGAGGUAGAAGAAAAGAUCAUAUAUGUGGCCGAGGGUAAUGGAACAUUUUUGGAAUGCAUACCAAAAUCCCAUCAUGCCACUGUAACAUGGACACGAGAAACAAAUGAGACUAAGAGAGAGCAACAGAAGGUGUUGCCUGGAGACCACAUAAUACUGAUUGAUCAAGGCCUAAUAAUCCAACGUGCAGAAUCCAAGCAUGCAGGAACCUACUACUGCCAGGUAGAGGAGUAUGGCUUCCACUGGACACUUGUUAAGGUCCAUCUUUCUGUGAUCAGCCAAAAACAGCUAACAAAUAUACAGGGUGCAAGUCAUGGGGCAGAGGGUCCUCUAAAGUCAGCAUCACUGUUACCAUAUAAACAAAGCCACCACCCAUGGUACAAAGAUAUCAUGACAUUAAUCCGCUCCCCAUCCAAGGCCGAUUAUUACUGUGAGCAGGUGUGGCAGCAUGAACUGAAAAAGAAAAAGAAAAAGCUGCACUUCGAGGCCAACAGCCACAGUGAAAUAAUGAGAGCUGAUGAAAAAGCCAAAAUGCUCCAGCCAGUCCGAAAAAACAAGAACAAAGUGCAGGUCAAAGCACUUAGGUCACCAAGAAGUGUUUAGCUGGUUAUAGCUGGUGGCCUAGUAAUGGCUGUCUUACCAUUCCUUUUGAAGCCAGAUUUUCUGAUCAAAAACUGAACAACAGAAUCAUUCAUUUCUUAUGGUACUGUUAGAUGAAAUGUCAUAUAAUGGACAAACUGCUUGGACUGGCAGGACUUUGUUUUCUGAAGAAUCUUUGUUUCCAGUUGUCAUCCAGAUUUUCUUUGUGUUCCAUCUUUGCUGAGUGACAGUAAAAUCAUCAAAUACUUUUCUUAUCUGUAUAUCAUGUGGAAUCUCCCAUUUUCAAAAUGACUGGUGGAAUUCACUCCUUUGUCAAACCCUUUCAUCACUGAUGUAAUACACUUGUGAUAAGUUUGGAAAGAGACAUAGUGUUCAGUUUUCCAAAACAUAUGAGUGUAAAAAAUGUUCAAAUGGGCAGUUAAUUUGCUACAAAUGACUUGUGCCUUCUUCUGACCAGCACUCAGGAUUUUAGUCCAGAGCAUUAUGUUUUUAAGGUGUUAAGCAUUUCAUUUUACCAGCAUGCAAUGUUUGGAGAAGGAGAAUUCACUUUUUAUGACAGCCAUGGUAACUGCCUGGUUUAUCUUAUCAUCAGGGGACAGGAGAACUAUCACAGCUACUCCCAAUGUAGUAUGAUUGAAGGAUUAUUACCUCCAAGGAGUCUGGCAAUGAAUGCACUAUUAACAACUUUAAAUACAAGGUUAAUGGAAUUCUUCAACCUUCAUUGGAAAAUAAGCUCAUAGUCUAAACACCAGAUUUUUAAAAUUAACCUUAUUUUGAAGUGUUAAUCAGAAGAAUUUGUUGAUUUUACUGCCAGACCAGCAAAGAUGAAGUAAUUACAGAUCAGGACGUAAUAGCUCACUGUGUAUAAGAGUAACAGUUCAUAGCUGUACCAGCACUCUUUAGGCUGUAUGUAAAUAGCAUGGUGACAGAUAUUUCAUUCAAAACAGUUUUCAUCUUUUUCAGCAGCAAUUCAUUUCUGUUUGCCUAAUGCUUAAUCUGAAUGUAUUUUUUUCCAGUGAGUCAUAGAAUAAGAGUUAUGUUGCUAAUGCUGUCUCUGGGCACCUCAUUGUUCAGUAGAGAUAAAAACAUUUAUUUUCUUUUUACUUUAAACUUUGACUGAAAGGGAACAAAAGGAGGGAUUAGCAUUCCUAUGAAGUGGAAAGGGAGCAUCUGCAUUGGAUAUUGCAGAUGUCAAAAUCAUGUCCGUUUGUAUAGGCUAAGAUCAUUGUAAAGGAGUACUAUGAACCAUAUUCUUUGUAUAAGAUAUAUAUAAGAAAGUGAUAGGUUUUUAAACUUCUCAUAAGUUAAAAUUAAUUUUAUUUUUUUCUAUUAAAUUGGUCAUGUAUUUAUUAAGGGCAUUUCAUACGGGGCUAUAGUUAGGUGCAGACAUCAGACAUAAACUAUAUGGAAGGUAGCUGUCUUUUUAUUUUUUUAUUUUUUAUUUUUAUUUUCUCAGUAUCUGGUUUGAAGCAUAUGAUACUAAGCUUUUAUUACUACUGUAUAUUGCAGAUUCUUAUAUAAUUCAGCAAAACUAGAACAGAGAUAACAGAUAUAUUAAUUUACAUUUAAGAGGGCUUUUCUUGACUAUGAAGUAUUUAGUUAAUCUACAGUUCAAAAUUCAUACCCAACAAAAGCAAAACAGUAACUAUUAAAACACGGUAUAUAGUUAGGUACGUCAAUAUAAAAAGUUGUCUGAGCAUAUACAGCAUGAUUAUUACAAUCUUAAGGGCUAUAUUUUCAUUGUGACUCUAUAUGAUAAUGAGACACAUUUUAAGUCAGUUCUAAUGAGGAAGAGGCAGAUGUAAACUGUUGAUUAUGGCUUGUAGCUGAUCCAGCAGUUAGAAUGUAGUCAGACUGAUACCUUGGGUCAGAUUUUCCUUGAUUACCAUCCGCGUGUAAAUUUUUAUGCAGAUUUUGAGUUAAGGUUUGACAAGUUUCAAUGAUGUUAUCAAACCCAAACAUGAUCCUGCAGUAGUAAAAUUGGACUUGGUUCCAUGAAGUGCUUGUUUUAGUAUAUAUACUUGUCUUCUUUAUCAGUUUUUACCGAUCUGUGGUCUAGUGUCAGAAUAAGCAGAACUAACAUGAAGUUAAAACAGUUUUACAUGAGAGAUUGGCAUAUGUUCACAGAUUACUAAUCUAUAUAGUGUAGAAGAAUGCUAAAUGAAAAAGUGUUUUAAAUGUCGCAAUCAUAAUUGGAGAAAAAAAAUUGUCAGUUUAGGAUGCAAAAAGUGCUUUUCCAGUAAAAGAGCAGUUUGAAAAAUACCUAAAUGUGUUCCAGUGACCUUUUCACAUGCAGGAGAUAUUCUGAGUAAACACAAACUGCCUCUAAAAUAAGACUGCUUUUGGAAUAAUUUUUUCUGUGAAACAGACCUUCUAGGCUUGGUUGGCUAAAAGGAACAUGAGUAGUGUCCAGAAUAAAAGAGAUGAGUUGCAACUCUUUUCCACUUUUGUGAUGUCAUGCAGUGUGCCUCAGCAUGGAGUAGUAGGCCAAUAAACAAACGUAUGGAAGGCCCCACUGGACACCAUUAUAAACAAAAGUAUGCCAGGCCUUACUGAGCACAAGUAUGGAAUCAUAGCACAGAUGCAUAAAAGUAAGGCCCCACUGAGCACAGGUAAGCUGGGCCUGUCAAGGCUGCUGUUUGCAGUGGUGUACCAUUCUGACCUGACCACUCUUUCUACUAAUAGGGGAGUUCAGAAGGAGGCAUCUAAUCUCUUAGCCCCUCCCCUCUCCAAGUAGAAUUUAAUGUUGGAAUGAAGUAACCUCUGCAUUCAGGAUUAGUUAGACAUGAAAACUGAAUGUAGCUGGGUGGCUAUGAGGCUACACAGGGCAGCUCUGGUCAGCAAAAUAUUAAAAUAAAUAGAAUAAAGUGUUGUGAUAUGGAGAACCAAUACAAUGCAUUUAUUUUCAAUACAUGAUAUAGCUAGUUCAGAGUCACAGGGAGGUGGGGCCUAUCAUAAUAGGGCAUAAAUCAGGAAACAAUCCAAGGUGGAUUGUCAGUAUGUCACAGGUCAAAGGCCCAGUCAUACUGUGUACAUAACUAAGGCAGUUCUAGAUACCAUCAGUUUAACUGCGCCUACCCUGUUGUCUUUAGGAUGUGGGAGGAAACUGGAUUCCCAUGACACACACACACG